AUGACAGGCUACAGUCGAGUUGAUAUAAUGCAAAAAAGUGGCAACUGUUCCUACCUCUAUGGAGAACAGACGACACAGGAAAUGAAGGAGCGUUUAAUGCAAGCCCUGGAUAAUCAAACCAAAGAACAACUGGAAAUUCUCCUCUACAAGAAAAACCGCACUCCUCUUUGGCUGAUGGUCUACAUAGCGCCAGUGGUGAAUGAAAGAGCUGAGACGGUUCUUAUGCUCCUUACUUUUCGUGAUAUCACUGCACUGAAGACUCCUAUUGACGACGAUGAAUCUAAUAAAGGUGAGUGA